AUGGCCAAGAUUGAAACAGUCGUUUUUCUUUCGCUUGUUCUCGACCUCUUUGCAUUCACCAUUCCGCUACCCUUGUUUCCUCGGUUAAUUGAAUGGUAUACAUUGCGAGAGAUAUCUGAUGCCAAUGGCUUUCUUUCACGAACGCUGGGUUUCGUUUCGUACAUCCGGAGUUUUUUGUACAAUCCAGCUGUCACCGCGCAUUCUGGGAGAUGGGACGUGGUAUUGCUAGGUGGUCUCAUGGGCUCUGCAUUCUCAACACUUCAAUUCAUAGUUUCACCGAGGAUUGGAUCCCUAUCAGACAAGUAUGGCAGAAAGCGCAUUCUAUUGCUUACUAUGAUUGGAAACCUUCUAUCGGCCCUCGUAUGGAUCAAGUCGACUACCUUUGCAUCGUACAUGCUCUCAAGAGUCAUUGGCGGCUUAAGUGAGGGAAAUGUUCAACUAGCAAUUGCAAUUCUCUCUGAUAUAACCACCCCAACCAAUCGUUCAAGGGCACUUGCUCACGUCGGCAUAGCCUUCGCCAUUUGCUUCUGUAUCGGCCCUCCCAUAGGAGCGUACUUUGCGUCCAAGCCGCUGCCACCAUCCCUCUCCGCCAACACCCUGAUUGGCGACCUAAAUAUCUUUGCGGUUCCUGCAAUUCUCACGUUGAUACUACUAACGGUAGAGACUGCUUUCUUGGCCAUUGCUUUACCCGAGACUCGUGGAAAAGGCCUUCGGCUGAGUACUGAAGAGAAAGCAGCAUUUCCCAAUGGCAAACCGCCUGACGGGAAACCUUCCGUAUCCAAGAAAGCUAGUAUCGAAAGACGUUUGGCCACACUACAGUCUCUACGUCACUUCCAUCUCUUAUUCUUAGGACUCUUUUCGGGGGUCGAAUUCACCCUUACCUUCUUGACAUUCGAUCUGUUCGAUUGGAACAACAAACAAAACGGCAUGCUUAUUGGCUCCAUUGGGAUUAUCAGUGCAUUGCUUCAGGGUGGAUACGUCCGACGGGCUACUUCGAAAGUAGGCGAAGGAGUGAUGGCUCAACGAGGAGUUUCAAGCUGCGCUGUUGGGCUUGUCCUCCUAGCUCUGCUUCCCCAGUUCGUUGUAUCGAAUCCCGUGCUGGCACAUAAGUUGUUGCAGGGUGCGGCGGUUUGCAUGGCGUUCACAUCUGCGACUGUGGUGAACUCUCUGACUGCAUUCGCUUCGUUACAAUGCGACGAAGGAGGAUUCGACCCUGUUACUGGCAAAAAUGUUAAAGAGCACCCUCAGCUUGCAAAGGGCAAGGCUUUGGGAAAUUUCAGAUCAUCCGGACAGCUUGGUCGGGCAGUGGGACCUCUUCUUGCAUGUGCUUCCUACUGGACCGUCGGUCCAUCGUACACGUACGCUGGCAGUGCUAUUGCAAUGCUCGUCCUUAGUUCUGGUAUGAAACGUAUCGCAAAGCCGGCCCAGGCCUGA